AUGGUGGACACCAGAUCAGUCAUUCCCUUGGAGUCAAAUCCAGCCAUCUUCACAGACUUGGCAAACAAUGUCGGAUUGUCGCCAAUUCUCGAAUUCCACGAUGUGUACUCGUUAACAGAUGAGGCCUUGAUGGCUUUCCUCCCAUCUCCAAUCUACGGAAUCAUCUUACUUUUUCCAUUGACUAAGAGUUACGAGAACUAUAGAAAACAAGAAGAUGCCAAACGUGCUGGCGACUACCACAACGAGCUUUUGCACAAGGUCAAGUGGUUCAAGCAGACUAUCGGCAAUGGGUGUGGGUUGUAUGCUUUAUUGCAUAUCUUGAGUAACUUGCCCUCCGACUUCAUUAUUAAAAACCUGAAGUUGGACCAGCUUUUGGCUGGUAUCGAUGAUAAUGCUUCAAACAUAAGCGUUGAAGAAAUUGCAACCUUAGUCGAACAGUUGGAAAGCUCCAUUAAAUUGAGUGAUAAUUUUGGUCAAAGAGGUCAAACAGAAGCACCAAGAGCGGAGGAUCCUAUCGAAUUGCAUUUCAUAACUUUCAUUAAAGGCAAGGAUAAUCAUUUGUACGAACUAGAUGGAAGACGAAACGGUCCCAUUGAUCUUGGCGAGUCGAAUUCCGAAAGUAACAUUCUCAAGGAUCCUAAAAUAGCCCAAAAAGUCCAGUUUUACAUCGAUAAUACCGAUGAAGUAAAUAAGCAUAAUUUUGCUAUCAUGGCCAUUGGACCAUCCGCAGAUUAG